AUGGCGCUUCGUCAGUCCACUGCUCCGCAGCGUGUUGCUCUCCCGUCGCCUCCUGCGUCCUCUCUUCCUGCUCUUGCUGACCCGGAGUCAGACUCCCUUCGCGCUGCCAGUCCUACUGUCACACGUCUCCUGGCUACGGUUGUCACUGACCCUUCCUUUGAGUCCGCUGCUGCGUCUGCCCUAGUCACUGAGCUUGUCGACUUUGCAGCUGCGUGUCGUCUAGACUACGCAGCGAGUCUUGUUGCUGAGUCUGAGUCUGCCUGUCCUCCGUCCGUCGGGGGUGAGUGUGCUCUUGGCACGGACGUCCUUGAGGACAGGCAGGAGGAGUUUGGUUGCCUUGCCGCUGCUUUGCCCCAUCUCCUGUCCAUGCUUGUUGCCCCUGAGGGAGACCCGGAUGCACCAGACAUCCCGACCCCACGCUCUUACGCAGAGGCGAUGGCCGGUCCCUACUCCUCUCAGUGGCAGUCAGCCAUGGACACAGAGAUGGCUUCCUGGAAGUCUACAGGCACCUACGUCGACGAGGUUCCCCCACCUGGGGCGAACAUCGUCAGUGGCAUGUGGAUUUUCAGGGUGAAGCGGCCGCCGGGCUCUCCGCCUGUCUUCAAGGCGCGUUACGUUGCACGAGGCUUCAGGCAGCCUGCACGAGGAGAUCUGGCUGCGCCGCCCACCUGGCUUCACUGGGUCGUUCCCUCCUGGCACCCAGUGGAGCCUCCGGCGGCCAGUCUACGGUCUCCGCCAGGCGCCGCGUGA